UCUCACUUUUGGAGGUGCUUCAAGGUAGCUCCGCACGCCUUCACACAACGUGCCAUUGCUCGACCUGCCCGAUCCACCAUGCCUCCUCCCCGGCUUCUCUCCCCAAUCCUUCGCGCGCGACUCCAAUCUUCAUCGCAAUGCCUUCGUAGAUCUCUCGUUGCGAGACAAGCCUCCACUACGACCGAGCAGCCGUCUCCACCAACAGUACCCUGGAAGACACCUCACAGUAUAACUUCAUGGCCUCCGGAGCCCUUAAUACCUCCUCCCAAGGAAGGGGAGCUUCUUUUGGAGCGCAAGGCGAACAGAGAAUUACCGCCAAUUCCACCUUUGAUACCAAAGCAGGUUGUUCGAACAUUCCCCAUCUUCGUCAUCUCAAUGGCCAUCGCAACAUUUGCCUUCUUCAACUACCAAAAGCAAGAAUCCUCCGUCGUUACGUCAACCCUCUACGCAUUGCGCACGAACCCACUGGUACGCGAGCGUCUAGGCGACGAGAUCUACUUUGCCUCCAAAUACCCUUGGAUUAAGGGCGAGAUUAACCAGGUGCAUGGGCGCAUCGAUAUUCGGUUCUGGGUGAAGGGAACCAAAACGGCAGGAGAAGUUAGGCUCAGGUGUAAAAGAAGGGGAAGGGGCGGCUACUUCGUCACCCAGGAGUAUAGCUUGACCAUGGAAGACGGAGAGAGGAUAGAGCUCUACGACCCAGAGGGGAAUGCUGUAGAUCCCUUCAUGGAUGUCGGUUAUGAGGAGUAG